ACCGCUGAAAAGCAAUCUCAACAGGCUCAGCUAAGGUUAAAUGGCUCUAAGUAAUAUAACAUCAAAAUAUCGCUGUAUAAAUUCUAUCACAACAUGUUCUUAUCAUUAUAAAAAGUAUUUUCUGAACCUUCCUUGUUCAAGCUUCCCUUCGAGGUAUCCUGGAGAUGCAAAAUGCGCUUCACAGAGAGAGUUGCGGGUCAGACCACUUCAUCAGUCACCCUUGUAUUUUUACCAUGGAAAUUUAAGGAUCAAUUUGGAACAGAAGAGAAAUAAAAGUGGAAGAGAAACAUUCAAACCCGAACGUUUGAUACAUGACCCUAUAAGCCUAGAGGAAAAUCUAUCUGUGUUAGAUCAGUUGGAUGAAAGCAGCGAUUCAGAUCUAUUUUUCGAAAGUUCUUGCAAAGAAAGAAAGGAUGAUUUUCUCAUAAGCGAAAAGAAAGUUAAAAGAACUGAAAAAAGGAAUAAUGUCAUAGAUGAAGCUGCGAACAUUGCUGAAAUCGAUGUACUUCUCUUUUGUGGAAAUGUUGAUGGUGCAAUGCAGGUGUUCAACAGAUGUCGCAGGAAAGGACAUAAGUUUGAUAUAUCAAUCUUCAAUAUGAUAUUGCAUGGUUUUGCCGCGCAGAAAAAGGUCCUUGAUUUCCAAGUGUUUUACCACAACAUGAACGCUGAUAAUAUGAAGGCAAACAUGCAGACCUACGCUGCAUUAUUUGAGAUGUACGGACAAAUGAAAGACACAAAGAUGUUAAAUGAAAUUUGUGAAAAAAUGGCUCGACAAGGUUAUGACAUUAGACAGUUGUUCGCAAAGACUAUCCUUACCAAAGAUCAAGCAAGACGCGUACUGGAAGCCUUGCGCCUUAUCCAUCCGAACUACGAGGCAACAAUAAAUGAAAUUAAAGACAGUGCAAAUAUUUCCCCUUUGGUGAAAUCUUUUUAUAAGAGAGAUAAGUCGAGCGGGUCUAUGCUUUUACAUCGUCCUUCAACUGACAGCUCGUUCGGACGAGAGUUAUCGAAGUUACUUGAAAGACAGCUAAAUCAGGAAAAAGUCGGCUUUCGAAUUAUGAAGUCUGUUGAAAAGAAGAAGAAAGCUACCGAAGGACACGACCGCGCGGAAAAAGCGAGCUUUAUAGAGUUACAAAACGGAUGGAAAAAGAAACUGUCCGAAGCUAUAGAGAAAGAAAUUGAACUCGUGAAAGCUAAUAAUAAAGGUAAUAAACGAAGCAAGAGUGGUCCUUUUACUCGUAUCAUGACGCCAUGUGACGAGUAUGCUGAUAUUGCAGUCGAAACGAUGACUGGGCCGGUGUGCAGUCAGUCCUAUGGAACACCGCUGAACUAUCUUUGCUGGCUCGUGGGGACGCAAGUGUUCUACCGUUACGCAAUCAAGCACAAGGAGAAAUCGGGAGUCGUCGAUAAGAUCAGAGGUAUGUAUGGAAAUUUUGCUGAAUCCGCUUGCAAUGGCCAAGCGGAAACAACGAUGAAUGCGCGUGAGAUGUGGUUACAACUGGAAGCAUCUAAACCCUACGAAGGUUCAAUCUAUUGUGACGUUCCAGUUUGGCCUUCAUCGAUCAGAGUAUUGGUUGGCUGCACUCUCAUAGACAUGUUGAUAAAAGAAUCAAAAAUCGAUGCGAAUAUGUUCAAAAAUAAGAAAGAGAAACGUGUACCCGCGUUCUUUCAUACGUACGAAUACGAACAUACAACAGUUUCUGGCUACAUCAAGGCUCAUCCAUCUGUAAUCAAACUUUACCAAGACCACGUGAGUAAUAGUGGUGAUAUCUCUAUUCCGUCAAGUAAACUACCAAUGUUCGUUCCUCCGCGACCAUGGACUUCAAUCACCGAUGGCGGACAUCUUCUCUUUUCCGUUCAGUUAGCCAGAGGUCAGGACAAGUCGACAGAAAACCUUUCCGCGUUGGCAGAGGCGGACAGAACUUCAAAAUUGAAUGCGAUCUACGACUCACUAAACUGCUUGGGAAUGUGUGGAUGGAGGGUGAAUGGAAAGAUACUUGACAUCAUGAUAGAUAUAUUUAACGAUAAAGGAAGCGAACAGUUGGAAAUUCCCGGUCCUGAUUUACCCAAAUUACCGGAGUUUACACAGGAGCUAAAAGAAAAUGCCGAAUUGUAUACGGCAUUCUUGAAGCAGAAAUCGAACGCGAAGAAAGAGCUACACGAAUCACAUUCGCUAAGAAUGGCCAUGUUGUAUCACCUUUCAGUUGCAAACCACUUUAGAGAUUGCACUUUCUGGAUGCCUUGCAACCUUGAUUUUCGAGGCAGGGCCUAUCCUAUACCACCUUACGGCAGCCACGUUGGUGACGACACUACCAGAGGGAUGUUGCAUUUUGCUACAGGAAAGCCAUUGGGUCGCAAUGGAUUGGAUUGGCUCAAGAUUCAUUUGGUCAAUUUGCAUGGUCAGCUAAAAAAGGCGACUUUGCGUGAACGAAUCGAGUUUGCGGACCAACAUUUAGAUGAUAUUCACGAUUCUGCCGAUAGACCGUUGACGGGCAGACGGUGGUGGCAGACAGCAGAUGAAAAAUGGCAGGUGUUAGCGACCUGCAUGGAAAUCUCAAACGCGAUCCGUUCGGGUGAUCCAGAGAACUUCGUCUCGCAUUUGCCCGUCCAUCAAGACGGUUCCUGUAACGGUCUGCAGCAUUAUGCAGCGCUGGGACGUGACGAAUAUGGCGGAAAACAAGUUAAUGUUCUCCCAUCAGAUAGGCCAGAAGAUGUGUACACUGAGGUUGCCAAAUUAGUGGAGAAGAUGUGCGAACAAGAUGCUUCUAAUGGCGUCGAGAUUGCCCAAGAAUUGGCGGGCAAAGUAAGCCGUAAGGUGGUCAAGCAGACUGUGAUGACGUUGGUCUACGGCGUUACAUUUAUAGGUGGUCGUCGACAGAUCAGUGGACAACUGGAUGAUUUGGGCCUGCCACAGUAUGUUGUGUGGAAGGGUUCAUCUUAUUUAACGAGAAAUGUGUUUGAAAGCAUAAGAGAAAUGUUCCGUGCGGCUAAAGACAUCCAGGAUUGGUUUACAAACGCCGCAGCUCAGAUAUCGUUGAGCGGACAUUGCGUGGACUGGGUCACACCGUUGAACCUUCCCGUGAUGCAAUCGUAUCAGAGAAUGACAAAACGAGAAGUGAGUACACCGCUGCAGCUUAUCAAGAUUCGGGUUCCCGCGCGAGAAAUGUUACCUAACCUCGUGAAACAGAAGGGAGGCUUCCCGCCAAACUUUAUACAUUCGUUGGACUCCUGUCAUAUGAUGCUUACAGCGUUGUACUGCCAGAAACAUGGGUUGACAUUUACGUCGGUGCACGAUAGCUUCUGGACGCAUGCGCGCGACGUUGAUACUAUGAAUAGAAUAUGCAGAGAGCAGUUCGUCUCUUUACAUAGUCAGCCCAUACUCGAGGAUCUUCGAGAUCAUUUUGUUAAAAGUUUGAAAAGGAAAGGAUGCGUCGACCAUUACGUAAUUCAACUCGUGAAAAUGUUCAAUUUGAUCCACUGCCAGACAGAGGCUCCCUUAAUUUGCAUGACGUCCUCCACUCAACAUACUUUUUUAGUUAAUACAACGUCGUGCAAAUGUCAGUUAACUGAUUGCAAGAAAACAAAAUGAUGCACGGAUCGAUCGAUUGAUGGUAAACACCUUCAGAAUUGUAAAUAUAAUUUAUACCAUUACCUCGGUUAGUGGCGAAGAAUAAAUGCCCAACGUUGAAAGGAUUCCAUUUGAUAUUUCGGGAUUUUGCAACCGAAGAUUCACUCUUUGUUGAAACUUCUCAUUCGUAAGUAUACGUACCCUGGCUGAAGAAGAUUGUUGCUGUGUGCAAUCUUGCAUCGCGUGGAGAACUUUAUCAUUUUACUCGAUUUUAUUUCAAAGCACAACUCGUUUGUAAAAUCGCAUCUAUGUUUAUAGUAUGAGCUUGAGUGAACAAAGAUUAAACUAUAUCUUAUGAGAACAAACAUUAAACUAGAACAUCCUUACUGGAAAGAAAAAA